CGCGGCCGGCGCCCGGCGUUGUCAUAGCGACGGCGGCUGCGCGCACGGAGGGAGGCGGCGGCGGCGGGUCUGAGGGGCCGGGCCUGGCUGGGGAGGGGCUUCUCUUCUGGGGGGAUAUUUGAGGGGGGAGCAGGUGGUUUUGGGGAUGUCUGGAGGCUAUGCAGCUUUUCUGCAGCAGCUGCCAUGGGUUCUCUCUUUUCCCUCUCUGCUAAUAACGCUACCUUGAGACGGAGGAAGAGCGCUGCUGAUGAUGACGACUUACUUGAUAGCCGGGAUCGUGAGGAAGACAUUGCCAAGUUUCCGUAUGUGGAAUUCACAGGUCAGGACAGCAUCACCUGUCCCACUUGCCAAGGCACUGGCUGCCUUCCCACAGAGCAGGUAAAUGAGCUGGUGGCUCUGAUACCCUACACUGACCAGCGGCUACGUCCACAGAGAACGAAGCAGUAUGUCCUGCUGUCGGUGCUGCUCUGCCUUCUGAUAUCGGGGCUGGUGGUUUUCUUUCUGUUUCCGCACUCUGUCCUCGUGGAUGACGAUGGCAUUAAAGUGGUUCAAGUUUGGUUUGACAAGAAGAACUCCAUUGUCGUUCUCGCCAUCACGGCCACAUUAAGGAUCAAGAACUCCAACUUCUACUCGGUUACAGUGACCAGCCUGACCAGCCAGGUGCAGUACAUGAACACUGUUGUUGGGACCCAGCAGAUCACCAAUGUCUCCAGCAUCCAGCCGCUGAGUGACAAACUGGUGAAUUUCACUGUGAAGGCAGAGAUGGGUGGACCGUUCUCUUAUGUGUACUUCUUCUGCACGUUACCCAAGGUCAAGGUACAUAACAUAGUGAUUUUUAUGAGAACAUCAGUGAAGCUCUCGUACAUUGGCCACGUGACCCAGAGUGCCUUGGAAAAGCACCAUUACGUGGACUGCAGUACCAACUCCACAGCUUUCCCGGAGCCUCCGCCCCUGCCGAUGCCAUCAGCGCGAGGGGUGACCAAAGCGAAGAGCAGGCCGUGAGGACACGGACGAUGUUUCCUGUGGGAGGUGGUUGUGCAGACGGAUUUCCCAUGUGAAGUGCGUAGCUGUGGGAAGGACCAUGAACUUUCAAAUGGAAGCGGAAGGAUUGCUGGGAACUCUGGGAAAUCCUGGCAGAGGUCUCUGGGUCCAUUUCAUGCUAUUCUGUGGGCAGCUUGGCUGAACUGCUGGCCUGUCCCCAAAAUCUGUUUGAGGUGUUCACGUGCAAGCAAACAAGCCCCUUCGUGAAGUGAGGGACCUGCUGGGCCUGCCUUCAUCUUCAAUUCCAAAGAACAAGUUUUUGGUAGGGGACUGGGACUCUGAAGCACCAUGCCUUGCAGUCCAAGGGUAAAACACUGAGUUUAAUUUUGCAGCUGUUUUGAAGCUUAGCACUGUUUCUGGUCUUUUCAGGGCAAACUAAUUAGUUCUGCGCAAUUAAUUGUUGCGUCCUUUGUUCAGUGGCAACACAUCAGCAGAUUUCAAAGCAGGACUUGAUAAAAAGGGAUAGUCUCUUGCAGGGGAUGUGGAGAUAAGGCGUUCAGGCUUUAUCUGUGCACAUGUAACUUCCAUUAGAUAGAAGGAAAAGGAAUCGAAACCAUCAACAUGUGCCACUUCUGUUGCACAGAUUUUGCUUGCUGGCAGCAAUCUGAGGCUGCCGAGAGCAAAUCGAUACCAAAACUAGUCUUAAUGAAGACAACCUCAGGAAGCGCAGUGCGGCUGAGGGUGUGCUAAGGGGCUGCACAGCUCGGACUUCCUCCCUCACACGUUGCUCCGAAGCCACUGCUCGCAGCAUACGCAGCGUCCGACAGCUGCGAGUUCCUCUCCCUCACUCUGCACUUGUGCCUGCUGCUUUCCCGAAGAUUUGGGACGGAUCUGUGAAGGGACAGUAUUGUAGAAUGCUAUUCUUUAUACUGCUGCGUGUUUUCCCCCUAGGAAAUGAUGUGUAAAGACUAAAUAUGCAAGUGCUGCUGUGUUGGUUUCCUUUUAGCGCCCUUCAGGCAAAUUAGUGCAGAUUUAAACAGAUUUGGGGCAAGCUAGCAUGAGUUUCUUGUUUCAAAGGCUUGCCUUACAGGAGCCCUUUGUUCCAGAAGGAUUGUAUCGAGUACAUUCUUAAAUAAACCUGACGUUAAAGUUGAGCACAGCACCCACUUUAGUCCUCACUACAGACUUCUUGCACCGUUUGCAGCUCAGAGGGUUGCACAUCCUACUUUUGCCCUUUAUAGUUUUUCUGGAACUGAAUCACUGCAGCCUCCUGGGAAUGCACCUACGUCCUUCCCUGGCUGUCCCUCGCGAGCAAGGUUGUGCUCGUGUGUGUGGGUGUGUGUGGAAACAAAACCCAAGUAAAGGCUGCAGAGGAAACCAUUAAGAUCGUGGUGUUUUUUUCAGUGAGGGAUACUUUAAUUUGGGUGAGUGUGGGAAAAAAAAUACAUGUUCUUUUUUUAAGAAGUGGCACUUCCGCCUAGCAGAAUUUCUAGAACUGAAUUUACAUAUUAAAGCUGAAUUGUAUAUUA